GAACCAAACCAAUCAAAUUAAUCCGCCCUGACUGUGUCCUGGCCAAGUCUUCUUGCACAGACAAAUCAAGCCUGCUUAUCUUCCUCUCCUUUUUUAUAGCACGCCUUAACUUCUUGAUCUAAUUCUGAAUAAAGAGGGAGAGGGUUUGAGUUUCUUCAGAAAUUCAUCAGAAAGUUGCGAAGAUGACUGACACAGGCACUGUUAGAACCAUUGUUGGCAUCGUUGGAAAUGUUAUAUCUUUCCUCCUAUUUCUCUCCCCCAUUCCCACUUUUGUGAGGAUAAUAAAGGAAAAGGCAGUGAAGGAUUUCAAAUCCGAUCCCUAUGUAGCCACCUUGCUCAAUUGCGCAAUGUGGAUCUUCUAUGGCUUACCGUUCAUCACCCAUGACAACACUCUUGUGGUUACAAUCAACGGUAUUGGUUUUGUCAUAGAGUGUAUCUAUGUGGCCAUCUUCUUCAUAUUCUCUCCCGGGAAAAAGAAAACCCGGAUCAUCAUUGAACUGCUUAUUGAAGUGAUCUUCAUGGUCAUCGUAAUCCUGAUCACCGUUUUCGCCUUCCAUACCAUGAAAACAAGGGCUUUGUUUAUUGGGAUAUUGUGUAUCAUCUUCAACGUAUUUAUGUACUCGUCACCAUUGACAGUCAUGAGAAUGGUAAUAAAGACAAAGAGUGUCAAGUACAUGCCAUUCUAUCUCUCUCUCGCCAACUUUACCAACGGACUGAUUUGGGUGAUCUACGGACUACUUGAUUUUGAUAUCAACCUCGUGCUUCCCAAUGGCUUGGGUGCGUUAUCUGGGCUGAUUCAGCUCAUACUCUAUGGAAUCUACUGCAGAUCGACCAAAUCGGAUGAUGAUGAUGAUGUUAGUGGAAACCGAUCUGUGGUUGAACUCUCCUCUACUUAGUCUCCACAACACAGUCUCUGGCCAUUUGUCGUGCUUUAAUCGUCAAUUUGCUGGACGAGCCUGGUUUCAGGAUUAAUUACAUCAUAUAUGUGAGCUUAAUGUUAGGAUGGUUCACUGAGGCUUCUCAAUUUUCGAGCCAGAAAUUUUUUAAAAAAUAAAAAUUCAAUAUAAAGUUCGGCUUGA